UGUGUGUGUAAUUGCUUACAGCAUUAUUACUCUUUACUUGCUUCAUCUUCUGGGAUUCUCACGUCGUCAUCUCGAAAACAACUGAACAAGAACUACAAAAAAAAAAUUAUCUGCGGGCUGUUGGGGGCGGUUCAGAUUUUUAUUCCAUCUUUGUAAAAGGUUUUGGAGGCUGGGGUAAAUGGUUCUUGGAUGUGAUUUGGGUGACAGGGAUAAAAAUAGUAGAGUAAAAAUGGAUGGUAGCCUGGAUUUCAUACAAUGGGUUGGAGAGGACAUGUCGCUGAAGAUCCUUAUGUGUUUGGAAGACCCUUCUGAUCUUGUUCGCACGGGUGCGGUUUCGAGUUCUUGGCGUCAGUUUGUGAUUACACAUGGGCUAUGUAAGAAACUUUGUUUAAGGAUGUUUCCUGAAGCAUCAAGUUUCACUCGUGUUAUUGAAUGUGACCAUAUGGGUAAAAGUGUGGCAACCGGGACGGAUGAUUCAGCUGAAUGGACCUCUCUGGUGACAGAACACAAAGUGUAUGCACUCUUAAGUAGAGGGCUUACAACUUCUACAAGAGAAAAAAAUUGCAUGUCAGAUUCAAUCUUUGCGUCAAGCACGGAUAAUUAUCCAGAAGAAAGCAUCAAGAAUACCCUGGAACAAAGUGACAGAGUUAACAACAGGGCAACGUACUGGUCAAGCAAGGGUGAAAGUGAUCCUGCCGCUCCUGAGACAUUGAUUUAUAAAUUGUCUUCACAACUAUGUUUGAUCACUGAAGUGCACGUCCAUCCAUUUCAAGCAUAUUUUCAGUUUGGCUUCCCUAUAUACUCAGCCAAGGCUGUAAGAUUUCAGAUGGGCCACCCGAAGGUUCCUUUGGAGAAGUACAGAGACGAAGUGGACAAAUUUCUAGAUGAACAAGAUCUCUCUGAUGACAAGUUUGUGUGGACGUAUCAUUCUCCAGAAUAUCCAAUGGCUCAGGAGAAUCGGUUGCAAAAGUUUAAGCUGCCAGAGCCUGUCCUUUGCAUUGGAGGAAUCCUGAAAGUGGAGCUUUUGGGCAGAGUGCAGACUCAAGAAAUGGAUGGACUCUACUACAUAUGCAUCAACCAUGUUGCCGUUAUUGGUAGACCACUCUCUCCACUGUUUGACGUUAAGAUGAUUGAUGAACGGGGAAAAUGCACGUUAACGUACAACCCUUACACCUUCAGUUUGAAGCGUGUGGAACUAAUAAAAGAAGAAUCAAGUAGUCAAUCACAUUUUCGUAGAUUCAGCGAAAGCAUAAGGACUUGGGAGCAAGUGAUCAUCAGCACACUUCGGGGAGCUGGACCUUUGAUGAUAGACGACAAUGAUUCUGAUCAUGAGUACCUUGAUUAGUUGCAGGCUUAUCAAGUGACAUGAGUUCUUUAGAUCUAUCCACCCUUGAAUACCCUUUCUUUCCAAUUGUACUCUUUUGUGAGGUGUCAUGCUAGCGAGUUGAAUGAAACCGUUUGGUGGCGAAUGUUUCCAGUUGGUAGGGAAUGAUAGUGCGUCCUGGGAGGGCAGGAAUCAUGUCAUUUUCAAAGUUUUGUAGAAAAUAUUUUUCAGAAAAUCUUAGUUUGUUUGAUUCUUGAAUUUUGAUUUUGGAUAUCAGUUUACAGUUUUUUGUUUCCAACUAAGUUGAGAAAUGAUGUCGAGGGGGCCCGCCGUGCAAAUGAAGUAGAGCGUUUUUGCCCCCAUGUCUGUGGCUGAAUUGAUGAUCUCUUCAUGUUUGGAAACAAUUGUUAGUUGAACUGAACAUAGUGAAGAAAGAUCCUCCAAACAUUGGUUUAUGUUGAAUGGGAUUUCAAAAUA